GUAGGUGAAACAUGGCGUCUGCUGCUGGGUCUAUUUUAGCUAACUGAAUAGCAAGCUAGCUAUUUUCAAAGGCUUUGACGAUAUUACUGUGAAUAGCAGUAGCAACAUUUUCAGUACAAUAAUAUCUUCAUUGCAAUAUAUUUCAAUAUGUCGGACUCAGAAGAGGACAGUCAAGAUAAGCAACUUAAAAUUGUAGUCAUCGGAGACGGCGCAUCGGGGAAGACAUCACUCGCCACCCGGUUUGCGCAAGAGGCCUUUGGGAAACAGUACAAACAGACCAUUGGCCUGGAUUUCUUUCUGAAGAGAAUAACUCUGCCAGGCAACUUGAAUGUUACCCUGCAAGUGUGGGAUAUUGGAGGUCAAACGAUUGGAGGGAAAAUGCUGGAUAAAUAUGUCUAUGGUGCUCAGGGUGUUCUUCUAGUGUACGACAUUACAAACUUCCAGAGCUUUAAGAAUCUGGAGGACUGGUACGGCAUGGUCAAGAAGGCAAAUGAAGAGUGUGACGUACAGCCUGUGGUCUCCCUGGUGGGAAACAAAAUCGACCUUGAGCAUAUGAGGACAGUGAAGGCUGACAAACACCAGCGCUUCUGCCAAGAGAACAGCCUCAUCAGUCAGUUCGUAUCUGCCAAGUCUGGAGACUCGGUGUUCCUGGCAUUUCAGAGAGUGGCUGCAGAGAUUCUGGGGGUGAAGCUCAAUAAAGCAGAGAUGGAGCAGUCCCAGUGUGUGGUGAAGGCAGAUAUCGUGAACUACAGUCAAGAGCCUGUGGCGAGGACAGUCAACUCCCCACGCAGCUCCAUUUGUGUGGUGCAGUGACCCCCUCUCCCCCCACCUUCCCUCUUGCCCCUCCACAAGCUGAAUACAGCAGUGAGGGCCUGUGACCAGCAGGCUGCCCCAACACACUGGCCCAUAGCCAGAGCAGGAGAAUUGAGCUGGCCUGUUUCUUUCUGCUGAACACACACAUACUGAUUCCUCCCUUUGCUCUCUCAACGCACAAGUCUUCAGAAAGGCUGUAAUACAGUAUUUCCUUUUUUUAUAGGUUUUUAGGGUCAUCGGACCAAGUGCGGCAUAUUUUUAAGAUUUCUAUAUGAGAAUCUCUCUGUAUGUACAGUAUGUAAAUUUACAGCGACCCCACAGUAUAUUCCUGGUUUCAGUAUUUAAUAUAUUUUCUUGAAUUAUUUGUUGAGUAGUAACUAGCUUUGGCUACAGCAGACACCUGUAGUGUGGGACCUCCAUUUUUUUAAGCAGUUUAAACACAUUUGUCAGUGUUUUAUUUUAUUUUUGAGAAACUGUUACUAUUUUGACAUCUUUUUUUCUACUAUCUUCAUUAUCAAUUAUUCUUUAAAGGACCGUUUGGUUGUAUAUAGAUAUGAAAAGUUGGUUUCUAUAACAGAAAAAUAUACAUAAACCACUGUUUUCCAAAAUGUAUUUUUAAUGAUAGAAUGUGUUUUCCCUCUGCUGUUGUGAAUACAGAUGCCAUAUCUUAAUUUGAUCAUCCUGUUGUUGCAGGAACUUUCCUGCAAACUUGUAGUGUUUUCGACAUUUAAAAAGGCUUCUAAAGCUAUUAUUUUCCACUUUCAGACUUACUUUGCCGUAACGGAAAAUGUAUCAACCCCUACAAAUAAUAUCCAUUAAUUAUAAUCGCAUAACAAUUAACAAUUCCUGUUGCUGCAGGAUUAUUUUCCUGCUGUGUGAAACUGGCACAAAUUAAGAUCCGAUAUCUGUAUGCUAAAUAUCAGGAUUAGUUUUAUCGCUCUAAGUGGUACUGUCCACACCUCCCACUACCCCCUCUCCCACAGCUCCCAGUGCUGAAACAGGAGUGGUGGGAUGAGCCUGGGUAGGUUGGUGGGGCAAGGAGCUAUUUGGGGGCAGAGAGUGGUGGAGAAAGAAGGGGCUGCUUCAUUGGUAUACAGAUGCAUGAUUAAGCAAUCAGGCCCUAUGGGGUGUGGUAUAUGGCCAAUAUACCACGGCUAAGGUCUGUUCUUAUGCACAAUGCAUGCACAAUGCAACUCUGGGUGCCUGGCUACAGCCCUUAGCUGUGGUAUAUUGGCCAUAUACCACAAACCCAGAGGUGCCUUUAUUGCUUUUAUAAACUGGUUACCAAAGUAAUUAGAACAGUAAAAACAAAUGUUUUAUCAUACCUGUGGUACAUUGUCUGAUACACCACAUCUUUCAGCCAAUCAGCUUUCAGAGCUCAAACCACCCAGUUUAUAUUGUCUGUUAUACAACAUGUGAGUCUAAUCAUGAAUGCUGAUUGGUUAAAACCGCAUUCCAGCUGGUGUUUAUUCCACAAGUUACCACCGGCUAAAUCUAUAACAUUAACAUGCCUAUAUACUCUGUUCCAUCUGACUGCGCAAUCCACUUUCUCAUCAGCAUUAUAAACUUGAUCUCCACUAUUAAAAAAACAUAUAGACAUCAUCUAAUUUCUUUUAGACUAACAUUUAAUUUUCAACAGCAGAGAUUUGUAUACUGUAAACCUUGCUAUCUGUCUCUCUGACAUUUGCAACAUUGUUUCAAUAUCAAAUUCAAUCCCAGCUGUCCCAUAAUAGUGAAUGUGUCGGGAUGAGACAGGCAGGCAGUGUUUCUUAGUCAGUCACUGUCAUGAAUCAGCUGGCAUCCUUUUUAUGGAUAUGUACAAAUAAAUGUAAAUUGAAAAAGGUUCAAACAAAACUAAGUGCAGCUAGUUUGCAGUCUUUCCAGCUUCAGUUCGAAGUGACUCUGUUGGCUGUGUUGUUGUGGCUAGGUCCUCUGAACAACAGUGUCCUGACGAGUGAGCACAUUUUCUAUGCCAGGCGAAAUCACGCUUCAUUAGCUCAUUGUUAUUGAUGUAUCCAAAUAAAUGUCACUAGAAAACUGCUUAUGCAAUUGCAGCUACUUUACUGUUAUUCUGACUGUAAGUUAGUCAUAGUUGGCUAGCUAGCAAGCAAGGGAUAAGAACGUUGCCGGGCAGUAUGGCAAUGGAACAUUUAGGAACGAACGACUGGGUCGUGCCAAUAGAUACAGAACAAAAACACUGAACGACUGGAUUGCGUCUCUGGCAACUGAACCAAUAGAACGAACAACCAGCCGGCUUGGGUAGUAACCCUAGAUUUAUGUUGGGACUAUAUCUUGUGGAAGGAUUAAAUAGUAUGAAAAUAACGUUUUUAAUGAAAACAUGUAAAUCGUUAUUUGAACAUGUUGGUAACCCAUUGUAUAGACGCGAUAAGGACCUCGAAGCCGGUGUUUGGAGGAUAUAUUGACUUUGUCUCGUGCCUAGCAACACCCGUGUCAAUAUAUCCUCCAAACGCCGGCUUCUCGGGCAUCAUUACUUAAAUAUACCACGGCUCUCAGCCAAUCAGCAUCCAGGAUCCAAACUACCCGGUUUAUAAUCUUGAUUUGAUCACUCUUUUGUUGAUGAGAAUUUUUCUGCGCCGCAGGAAAUGCAGAUGAGCUUUGUGAUUUACAUAAAUUCACUGAAAACCCACACCAACACACAGUUAUGUUAGCAGUGUUGCAUUUUUUGUGUAGCCUCAUUUUGCCCAACCACCGAUCAAGCAACAUUAUGGACUAAACUUUCAAAUCCUGUUGCUGCAGGAUUAUUUUGCUACGACAAUACUGUUCAAAGUAAGAUCCAACAUCUGUAAAAACAAUGUGCUGAAUGUAACAUGAACCGCUGGCUUUAUUUAGAGUGUGCUCAAGGAAUAUGUCACUAUAAAAUAUAGCUUCUGCAUUCUUAGUGCUCCACACAGUGCCCUUCCAAAAGGAAAGGUUUAGAUGUUUAGGCACUGUAGUCAAUGGAAACUAGUUUUAUUUCACUUGCCAAUUAGCAGCUUGCUUGAACAACUGUGAUUUCCCAUUACUUUCAAGACUUAAUAAUAACAUUAAUAACAGAUGUUAGUUAGAAAAAAAUAAACUUUGAUUUAACCUGAUCAAUCAGAAAUGUCAGUUUUUCUGCCACUCUACGUUUGUGAAAUUGACCCAAAAGUAUCUAUUUCCUGAUUUAUAUUUUUGUGUUGAUAACAUCUUUUAAUUGAAGCAUCAUUCAGUUUCAUGUGAUGCAUAUCAAGACCACAUUUUUGUGGAAAACCUAUGUAGUCCUAGUUGAAAUAUAUUUGGCAUAGAACAAUUUCUGUUGCUAUUUUUAACCUUGACAAUGGAUAAAAAUUUAAAUAUGAACUGGAGCAGCUUAAAGGUAUGAUAAUUCAUCUUAACUGUAUGUUUAUAGCCUUAUUCAACUGUCUGUUGUAGAACAGAAAAGACUGCCAUGAAGAACUGCUUUGACACAUGAAAUGUCUUCAUAGGAUCUUCAUCUUGUCCAAACAAGCUGAAUAACAGCCAACUUACACUCUUAUAGAAAAAUGUUAUAUCUAUAACCUAAAAGGGUUCUUUGUCUGUUCCCAUGGGAGAACCGUUUCAAUAAAUAUGUUGGGUUCCAUGUAGAACCCUUUCCACGGUUCCCCCAUGGGGACAGCCAAACCAUUUUUUGGAACCCUUUUUUCUAAGAGUGUAUACAUUCAUACAUUAUAGGCAUGUGUUUGUACUCGUCCCUGCUUUGUCUUGUAGUUUGUAUUUGUCAAAAUGUUUUCUUCGACCGCUAUGUUGUACUUGCACACAGAGGAUGUCAACAUUUGUAUUUGUAGUACAACAGAAAAUACAUGACAGGAAAUGGUUGGAUUUUACUCUGUAAACCAUGGUGUUCGCCUUGUGUAAAUUAUAUAUUUGUAAAUCA